UGAUCGCCAAUGAUGAUGUCAAACCACAUACAACCUUUGUUCGAUUAUCCCAAGCACUUCCUCUGAAACAUAUUGGAUUAUAACUACCUCAGACACAGAGAGGCACUGUUGCACAUGAAGGCCACCCCCACACUCACCAUCUGGAUCAUUUAGAGGGCGGAGUGCCCGCUUUCCCUCUGUCCCUCAUGCGCUCUCUCCCUUCCUCCCUUCCCUUCCUGCCGGCCUCUGAGCAGAGGAUGUGUCUGGGAGUGUGAGAGAGCAAGGCUGGCGGUGAAGUGGCAGGCCCUCUGGGCAGGGCAGUCUCUUAGUGGCAGAACGGUGGACGGUGGAACAACAAGUCUAAAUGUCAGACGGAGACACGAAUGGUCGAGACAAUCAUGAAGAUGCCCUUGUCCCAGUUGAGGUGUGGCCAGAGCUGGAGAGAGCCGAGUGUUUGGCUCGGGGCGCUGCGCUGAAAUGGGCGUCAGGUGUCUUUUGUCGUCCAGAGCAUCUGGAGAGACUUGGACAAUACAGGAAAAGAGAGAGUCAACGAACUGCGUCGAUUCAUUCAAGGUUAAAGUCAGUUGUACAGUCCUACCUGGAAGGUGUUGACUGGGGCCUCGGUCAAUUGCGAGAAGCACGAGCUGAGCUCAGAGAAGUGUCUCAUGACAUGCACAAGGUCAACUUGGAGUCCAGGAAAAAUUCUGAAGUAGUAACUACACUGGAGACACUUCGGGAUGUUUCUGUCAAUCACCGCCAGCUCUUUGCUGCAGUUAGCAACCUUCCACGUCUCUAUAAAGUGCGGAGUAUGGUGCUAGAGACAGAGAGGCUAGUGGAGUCUCGGAGACUAUUGGAAGCUCAUGCUCGGCUAAUGGAACUAGAGCGCUGGCAGGAUGAGGUACUGCGGCAGCUACAGGGACCCAGGGGAUCAUCUGGAACAGCAUUAACAUCUGAGGAUGAGGAGUUGGUGCGGAACUAUUUCUCAGGUGUUGGAUGCCUGGUGGAUGCCCUUGCCAAGGAGCUCUGGGCAGUAGUGGGGAGUGGGUUGACGCUUUCUCAUCAGAACCCCACACCUUUUGUGUCAGCUGUACGGAUAGUGGAGCGAGAAGAAGCACUAGAUCAGAUCUUUCUGGAAGAGCGGAGGUCAGCAUUGGGACACAACACACCAAUGCCCCCUGGGAGGCCACGUUGUUGGAGGGACCGCUUCUUCAAGGUGAUAGAGGAGGCAGUGUCAGCACGUUUCCGUAGCGUGUCCUACUUGCACACUCAAGGACCAGGGCUUGCAAGUCACUUGUCUGCUCUACAGCACUGCAUCAUGGGAGAUCUUUCAACAGUGCGGCAUUUUCUGGAACAGUGUGUUCCAACUCACUAUCAUUUAACAAGAGCUUACCUGCGCUCCUGCCACCAGUUCUUGCAGACCCAUCUUGGACUGGUUAGUGGAUGGGAGCUAGAGGGUGGGGAAAUCUUCGCUGUUCUUAACUGGGUUCUGCACAUAUACAACAGCUCAGAGAUGAUGGGUGAGCCAGCCCUUGUAGCUGAGCUAGACAUUGAGGAUAUGGGACCUCUCAUAUCUCAGGAAGGUCUUGAGCAGCUGCAGAACAAAUAUGUCCAAAAAGUUCGGAAAAGUGUCUCAGAGUGGAUGCAAAAGGCUCUAGAGGUAGAGCUGACAGACUGGCAGAGAGAUCAGGAACCAGAUAUUGACCAUGAGGGCUGCUAUCACACCAGCCUUCCAACCAUCAUCGCUCAGAUGCUUGAAGAAAAUGCACGGGUGGCAUUAAUGAUAAGUGAAGCUCUGCGGGACCAGACAAUCCAAAUGGGUCUUUAUGAGAUGGAGAAUCUCCUCAGCCGAUUUCGAGAUGCAAUCAUAGACUUUGGGAAGGAGCAUCGCAGGGAUCAAACCGUAAACAGUAACAAGUUCUACCUCCAUUAUCUACUGGCCUGCAUCAGCAACUGCAUCAUCCUCAAAACCUCCACAGAAAGUCUGCAGCAGCAGUUGUGCUCCUUCCCUUCAAACCGGUAUUCUCGCAUUUCACUUGGACCUCUGGGUGCCCUGGACCGUGCUGUGAGAAAGGCAUGUCGCUUAGUCAUGGACCAUCUCUUGUUUGAGCUGCAACCUCAUCUACAAGAGCUCCUGUCUCGUGCCUGGCUGGACCACGGAGAUGUAACCUCAAAUAUGUGUGGGGUUCUAGAACGUCACUGUGAACUCUACAACAGAGUGCGGCAACCUUGUCGCCAGAGGCUAAAGGAGGAAUGUCAAUGGCUAACUGUUGUUGAGUAUGUCCGAGCACUGAUGCAGAAGAGACUAGUCUGCAAAAAUAAUGAUGAGCGAAGUCAAUUGGCCCAGCGAAUGUCACAGGAUGCUCAGCAGCUGAGGGACCACCUUCAAAGCAUGGAGAUUGAUGGGACAAUAGGCGAGGUGAAUCCCACAGCUUUGAUACUUACACUGGCUGACAUAAUCAAUGUGAAAGACCCAGGCAUGCUAAUACUGGAGAUUUCUGGACUGGUAGCCAAGUACCCUGAUAUUAAUGAGGAGCAUGUCUCCGCCCUGUUGGAUGUAAGAGGGGAUGUGCCCAAAGAUGUGCGGAAGUCAAUACUAGAUUUUCUGGAGCAGAGCACCCCACCUUUACCACCAGGAUACCGCUCUAUAUUCACAGAAAUCCUUGUGCCCUCAUCCAGCAUGCAUUUUUGUCUGCCUACUGCAAAGUGUACUUGAGAAGCACUCAGAUAAACUACCUAUCCAGCCUAGCGAAUGGGAAAUUAAUUUUUAAUUAAUCAAUAUUCAAAAAGACUUGUCUAUUCGUUUUCUGCUUUGUCUUGUCUAAACAAUCCCCUGUUAUAUUAGUAAAUCAUAAUGUGCCCACAAAUAUUUACAUUUAUGAUCUCGCCGAAUGCUUACUUACAAAAAAGUGCAAAAACAAAAUGAAACAUGUAUGGUAGAUACAAGAGAAAGCACUAUACAAUCUGGCUCAUUGCAUUUUUAAUUAUUUGGGGGUGAUCUUUUUUUUUAAUGUAAUUUUAUAAAAAUGUUAACAUUACCAAACAUAGCGUUCCGAAAGAUAUUAAAUCAGUUACUUUAAAACUUGUAUAUUGUGUUCACUAUGUAUAUUGUGGUUGACUGUCAAUAAAGUAAUGCAUUUUAAAACAACA